UCGAACCCGGCGCUGGGCGGGGGCGAGGGCGAGGCAAGCGCCCCGCGCAGGGAAGCGGCUCCUCUUCUCCCUCCCUAGAGUCACCAUGGCUGUGUCCACCCAGGACUCGUCCGUCCUAGAGCGGCGAAGCAGUUUCGGGAGUAUUAAACCUCGACUGACUCAUAGCAGAGAACUUGAAAUGAGAACUACCUUUCAAGAGCUACUGAUUUACAUAAUUUUCCUUACAGAUCUAUGUAUAUUGACAUUUGGAAUGGUGAGCACAGAUAUGUAUUAUCUGAACAAAGUUAUGGCAGAUCUCUUUCUAGAAACCCCUCUGUCAGAUACAGAUCGUACAGACUUCAAGUCUAUGAGCAGCAUUGCUGACUUUUGGCAGUUUAUAGAAGGACCACUUCUGGAUGGCCUUGAUUGGGGCACUUCGUACAACAACGAUUCCACACCCAAUGAAAGAAACACCACACUUAUCUACUAUGAGAAUUUACUGUUAGGAGUACCUCGAAUUCGACAACUAAAAGUCCGUAACAACACAUGUUCUAUCUAUCCCUCUUUCCGGGCAUUUAUGAAAGAAUGUUAUGGUAAAUAUCAGUAUUUACAUGAGGAUAGACAAUCAUUUGGCUUUAAGAAUGCCUCUGAGUGGCAUUAUUCCACUUCUAAAUCACUCUCCCCAUGGCAUUGGGGCCUUAUUGGGCUAUACAGUAGUGGAGGAUUUAUGUUCACCUUGCCCAAGUCAAAGGCAGAAAGUGCAGCAAAACUUGCUUUCCUCAAGAAACAUAACUGGAUCACCAGAGGAACAAGGGUUAUCUUCAUUGACUUUUCAAUGUAUAAUGCCAAUGUAAACCUCUUCUGUGUGGUCAGGCUCAUUGUGGAAUUUCCUGCAACAGGUGGUGCAAUCCCCUCCUGGCAGUUCCACUCUGUAAAGCUUCUCAGAUACGUCAGCUAUUACGAUUAUUUCCUGGCCUCUUGUGAAGUCAUUUUUUGUCUUUUCAUCUUCACUUUCACCAUCCAAGAAGUUUUAAAAUUAAAGAAACAGAAAAAGGACUAUUUUAGAGAUGCCUGGAACUGGCUGGAUGUGUUACUGCUCCUGUUGUCUGUUUUUGCUAUUUUCUUCAAUGUUUACCGAACUAUUGAAGUGUCCAGGUUGAUGGAAAGUCUGCUCUCCAAUUCAGAAGCUUAUCCAGACUUUAAUUUCCUUUCAUUCUGGCAGACCCGUUACAAUAAUAUGAUUUCAGUGAAUGUAUUUUUUGCAUGGAUAAAGAUAUUUAAAUACAUAAGCUUUAACAAGACCAUGACCCAGCUGUCUUCCACUCUAUCCCGCUGCGCUAAAGAUAUCAUCGGAUUUGCCAUCAUGUUCUUUAUCAUCUUCUUUGCAUACGCACAGUUGGGUUACCUGGUCUUCGGGUCUCAAGUGGACGAAUUUUCCACUUUUCAGAAUUGCAUUUUUACCCAAUUUCGCAUCGUGCUUGGAGAUUUUAACUUUGCCGAAAUAGAGCAUGCAAAUCGAAUUCUUGGGCCAAUUUACUUCAUCACAUUUGUGUUCUUUGUGUUCUUCGUACUGCUGAACAUGUUCUUGGCAAUCAUUAAUGACACAUACUCUGAAGUGAAAGCUGAUUUUUCAGUCAUCCCAAGCAGAGAAUUUGAGAUCAGUGAUCUUAUUAAACAGAGUUACAAUAAAGCUCUAGUCAAACUCAAACUGAAGAGGCAGACAUCACAGACAGAAGACUUGUAUGGAGUAAGCAGAAGCUCCAGGACAGAUGUGAAUAAGAGCCUCUCCAGAGUUGGUAGUUUGGACAAGGAUGUUUCCAGGAAACGGAAAUCUUACGGUAGCUCAUCCGCAGGACUUCAGAAUGCAGUUUCUUACACUGAAUUUCAAAGACUUUCCAGAUAUACAGCAGAAAUGGAGAAACAACUGAAAGAAGUGACCUAUAAGCUUGACAUGCUUAUGAAUGCUGCUCCUAAAACCACAGUCUCACCAUGAAAGCUACAGUAGGGAAAGCGCAAGACAAAAGUGAACACCUAACAGUACUAUGGACAUCAUAAGAAAACAACCUUUCACUAUUAUGAAGAAACUUAAUUUAUUUUGAAGAAUCUUGUUUGCUGAUAAGGACUUCAAGAAGCCGCAGUUUGGCUUUAACUUUCUUGUACUCUCUGUACUCAUCAAGCAUGGGAGCACGAUCUUCUUUCUGAACAUUUCUGGAAAAAUAAAGCCAAUGCAAUGCAACAUUUAACAAUUCUGA